AUGGCGAAAUUCAAUGAGGUAGCGAAGAUGAAGAGAGAGGCGAAAGCCGAUAGAAAAAGAGCAAUUCACGGCGAUCCACUCACGAACAAAUUGAAAACCAGAGCUCCCAACGUCUCUGUCUCCGGAAAACGCCAGAGAAAACUCCUUCGAAAAUGGCGCCGAGAGCAGAAAGAGAUGGUGGAGAAGGGUCUUGUUACCAUGGAAGAUGUCGAGAUGGCUUCUGCUGAAGGUGCAUCAGAAGACUCGAAGAAAUCCCAAAGAAAAUUUAGCGUAAAGAAGACAAUAAAGCUCAAUAAACUAAAGAAUAAAGGCAAGAAGAAUCAAAGUCAGAAAGCCAUUGGAGAAGGAUCUGCUGAUCAGAUGCUUGAGUGA